GAGAAGGAUUUAAGUACCAUUCUGCGUCGAUCUGAGGACUGGUCACUAAAAAAAAAAGAGUAUUAAUCCCCCCUGGAAGGUGAACGAAGUUCACCGUUUGAUUUUAAACGCAACUUCAUAAAAACAUCUGCUGCCACACGAUGCAUUGAUUCGCUAUUGUUUGUGUCACUUGGAGAAAGAAAAAUUAGCCACUGGGCUUUGUGGGCGAAAACACGUCGCAAGAGGGUUGCUCCGCGAUCAAGGGACUUUAAAUGCGCGAAUAGACGAAAGAACAACUUUCAUCUUGACGGGGAAGAGGAACUGUAACAAGUGCUUGGUUCUUGCCGGAUCUAAGUCUGUCAUCUCGGUAGUAAGACGUUCAUAAAGGUAGAGAAAUCAUUUUCUCUUUAGUGAAUUUUCAGAAAGUCAAGAUUCAUAUAUCUGUGGCCAGGUCGGCUUUGUUUUUCCAGCGAGAAUUGCUCGGUUAUCGCUAACAAUAUUUCCAGCUCCUCCUUCACCACAUUGCUUUUCAACAGCUAUAAAACAAGAAAAAAAGGAGUACAAGGAUAACCUGCUGAAACAUUCUGCUGAGUUAUCGUCCAAGCGGUAACAUUUAUCAAGAUAGUAGUUGUGUUACUGUGGAGACAUUUUGACCCAGAUACAGCAAAUCAUGUCGAAUUUUAAUUCCACGCCACCAUUAAAUCGCACGAGUAACUCUGAUAAUGACCAAGGAGAAUUCCUGGCGCUAAGGAUCAUUCAAGGGAUCGGGAUGUGCUUAUUUAUUCUUACUGGGAUUCCCGGGAACUUUUUAGUGUGUUAUCUGGUUCGGAGAACGCGACGACUUCGAACAGUCACAAAUUUGAUUAUCAGCAAUCUAGCCGUUGCGGACCUGGGGAUGUGUCUCUUUAACAUCCCCGUUUCCUUGGUAACUGUCAUUUAUAACCGUUGGGUAUUGACUGAUUUUGUAUGCCAGAUCGCAGGUUUCACUAACUCGUUAUUCCUCUUCGAAGCUUUGUGGUCUCUUGCCUUGGUUAGCAUUAGUAGAUACUGGUGUAUCGUGCAGCCUGGUAAAUUCUCCGCCAUUUUUACACGUCGCCGAACCUUGGCUAUGAUCACGGCAACGUGGAUCCUGUCGCUUCUCUGUGCCCUGCCACCCUUAUUUGAUUGGUCUAAAUAUGUCUUUACAGUCGGUAAAUCAACGUGCUAUUUCAACCUAAAUGAGCACUUCCCGUACACAAUUAUUUUAGCCAUUGUAGUGUUUAUUUUGCCUUAUAUUUUGAUUACAGUUCCUUACUACCGGAUCUUUCGUUUUAUCCGUGGUCACAGCCGAAGAAUGAGCAUCAACAGUAUAUCUGCAAGUUUCAGAAAGGCAACCCGUUCUACCUUUCAAGACUUCAAAGUAACAAAAUUAUUGCUUGUGGUUGUCUGUGUCUUCGUAGCCUGUUGGACCCCACACAUUAUUGUUAAUCUCAUGAACGGUUUUGGCAUCAUUCAAUCGAUUCCACGAAUUUUGAACGCCAUGAGCACGUUUUUAACUUUCCUUUCCAGUUCUUGCAACCCGUUUAUCUAUGGUCUCAUGAACAAUAAGUUUCGCAAGGGUUUUCGUGCAGUUCUCUGCGCACCUUGCCAAAAAUUCGCUAAGCAAAAGGCACCAAUGCUAGAAAGGAAAAUAAGCGGCGAAACCACCAGGAACUUAAGUUCACGAUCAAGAAGUAGUCACAGAAGAGAAUGGAGAGUUGUAACAGAGACAAGGAACACAGUUUACGAGUCAUGUGUAUAAUCAUAGCUUAUUUAAGAACCUUGUUCUUUAUUACUCUUAAAUUGCUUUCCUUCAUGGAAAUAGUUUCGUAUUAACUGUUCAACUGAAAAUGAAUUUUCGAAAUCGGGUUCAUACAAGCAGGUUUCCUUAAACAUUGUCAAUCAAUGAAUCACUAAUUCUUUUUGACGCAACAUCCUUGCUGAAGUUUUGGACUUGCACGUACGGUCAAAGGCUAUUUGAACUUGUUUUUUCUCUAAAUUGAACAAUAAUAAAGGACACUGAACAAGCGGGAUAAAGAGAAAUCGACCCGGCUCACAUAGGCGGUUAAUUUGAUUUGUUCUUGUAAAAAGAGCUCGAUUCAGAGAAUCUUUAAACAAGGAGGAAUAAGAGGGAAGGUGUUCCAGUAGCACCUACGUUACCUCCGUUUCAAGGAAAAUUAAUAAACCAUGGU